AUGGCACCAAGUAAGCAAUGGAUGCAACUUGUUGAUGAUCGACUUAAUGAGGCCUACUUUAUCAGGGUGGAAAUUUUUUUGAAUUAUGCUUUCCAAAGGACAGGAGAAAUGUAUGAAAUACGAUGUCCGUGUGUCAAAUGUUGUAAUACCACAUUAGGAACACGUGAGACAAUCAGAACACAUUUGAAAGUAUAUGGAAUAAUUAAAAAUUAUACCUUUUGGUAUCAUCAUGGAAAAGUCUUAGGUGAGCCAGAAUCACAAUGUGAAGAUGGAGAUGAUAAUGAAGUAGAAAAUUGUAAGAAUGAAGAUGAAAUACGAGAAAUUUUGAGAGAUUUCUAUCCUAAUCAUUAUGGACACACUUUAGAUGUUGAUUGUGAUGAUUCACUUGAAGAGGAACCAAAUGUUGAAGCCAAAAAGUUUUAUAGCCUAUUGGGAGACUUUGAGAAGCCAAUGUAUCAAGGUUCAAAAAUUUCAAAACUUUCAACUUUGAUUAAGUUGAUUCACAUAAAAAGUAUGGGUCGUUGGAGUAAUGAGUCAUUUUCAAUGUUGUUAAAAAUGUUAAAAGAGGAAUUGUUGCCAGAUGAAGCCGAUUUUCCAAAUACACAUUAUGGGGCAAAGAAGGUAAUUCGAAAUCUUGGGCUUUCCUACGAAAGAAUUGAUGCUUGUAGAAAUGAUUGCAUGUUAUAUUGGAAGGAGGAUACCUUACUUGAUUCUUGUAAAAUUUGUGGUGAAUCUAGAUGGAAAGUCGAUAAACGUAACGGGGAAUCAAAGAACAAAAAGGGUAAAAAGGUUGCAUCAAAGAUUUUACGCUAUUUUCCAUUAAAACCUAGGCUUCAAAGGUUAUUUAUGUCUUCAAAGACAUCUUCUCUAAUGACAUGGCAUCAUGACGAAAGAGUUAAUGAUGGAAUAAUGUGGCACCCAGCUGAUUCAAUGGCAUGGAAAUCAUUUGAUGAACUUUAUCCUUCAUUUGCAGCCGAGCCUCGUAAUGUUCGACUUGGACUUGCGAGUGAUGGUUUUCAACCAUUUCGGAAUGCAAAAACCUCAUAUAAUAGUCUAGGUGAUGCAAUUAACACAUAUCUUCAACCCUUAAUAGAAGAAUUGAAAAAGCUAUGGGAUAUUGGUAUUGAGACCUUUGAUGUAUCAACCAAACAUAAUUUUAAGCUACAUGCUUCUUUGUUAUGGACAAUCAAUGACUUUCCAGCAUAUGAAAAUUUAUCUGGAUGGAGUACCAAAGGAAAAUUGGCAUGCCCAUGUUGCAACAAAGAUACUUCCUCAAUUAGAUUGGCCAAUUGUAAGAAAGAGUGUUUUAUGGGUCAUCGUCGUUAUCUUCCUCGGAAUCACAAAUGGAGGAAUGAUAAGAAGUCCUUUGAUGGUACAGAAGAGAAAAGGCUCCCACCGAAAAAACGUUCUAGUAUUGAGAUUCUUCAUCAAGUUCAAGAUCUUGAAAGGUUGCACUUAACAAAGGAACCAAAGAAAAGAAUCAAAAUAUCACAUGAUAGUCGAAAAGAUAAUUGGAACAAGAAGAGUAUCUUUUUUGAACUUCCAUAUUGA